UUUUGUGAAAAAAUAAUAAAAACAAUAUUUUAAUCAUUGAAUUGACGGCUAAUUGAAAGACAUCUUCAGUGAAACGAUGGAAAACAAUGGCAACGCCGCAGACAUUGUCUCCGAAAGCGAUUCAAUGGACGACAACAACCAAAUGGACACAAAUAGCUCUCAAGAUGAAACUGCAGACGAGCCCGAAGUGUCUUUGGAUUUGGAAGCGCUAGAGAUUGAGUUGAAUCACUCGAAGAUUCAGUCGAUGGAAAUCCUCAGUGUAUUGACGAGAGCCGAGUGUUUGGGUCUUAGAAAUAAUGUGAUUAAGAAGAUCGAGGGUUUGAAUCAAUUGGUGACUCUUCGGGAACUCGAGUUAUAUGACAAUCAAAUCACUAAAAUCGAGAAUUUGGACGCUUUGGUCAACUUAGAAGUUCUUGAUCUGUCGUUCAAUCGGAUCCGCAAAAUCGAGAAUUUGGAGAAUUUAGUGAAUUUGAAAAAA